CAAAAUGAUUUUUUCAGAUAAACCGAAUUGUGCUCAAUGAUUCACGGGAGCCAUACAAAAUCUUCGUUGAUUUAUUUAGUUCAAGCUAUUGAAUGGUUAAUUAGUCUAAAUUGUACAGAGGGAAAUUAAUGAUGCCAUAGAAAUGGUCUCGGGAAAAAAAAAUUAAUCUAAAUUGAAAUGUUUUAUGUCAAUAGUCUCGACCUAUAUCGUCUUUUAGCACUGUUACCCGGGAUACAAUCUCAGCCACACUGAUACAUUAAACUCAAAUGACACUUCUCGUAAUCGUAAUCACUAGGGGAAAUGUUAUUACUGAGGAAUUAGAAUUCCAGUGAGCAAUCCAUGUGGAAUCGAAUUUCCCAAGAAAUCGGAAUUGCUAGAAAAUCAAAAUUGAAUCGUAUUCCUUGGAAACUGUAAUUCGUUGACAAUCGUAAUUUUUUAGGAAUAGUAAUACCCUGGCCGAAAAUUGAAUUGUACAGGCUCCAGUUCGUUUUUCAAUUGGAGUCUAAAUUGAAAAGCUCCAAGUUCUUGGGACUUUCAUCUAGAAUGUAGAUCAGUCAUGUGCAGUGAAUUAGGGGUCAUUCAAAUAUGGCUCAUACUGUAAAAGGGCUCCUCAAAACAGUUUAUCCUUCGAUUCCAAGAAAAUUGGUUUGUCGCACUUGUAUUUGCCAGUUUGGGAAGACUGUUGAAGCGAAAAUAAAAUGUUUGUGAAAGGAGUGCGCACCCUUUUUUAUUACCUCUUGACCACGCUUUUGCACGAUUUUUGGAAACCCGUCUCCAACUACAUAUAUGGUGCGUUUGCGCUAUUUGAAUGGCCUCUUAGUAUUCAAGUCUUACAGUCUAAUCGCAGAAUCCCUGACGUCGUUUUGUAAGGACAAUCUUUUCCAAGUCAUAAUCGAUGUUGUUGACGCACCAGAACAACAACCCUCAAAUCUUAUCACUGCAAAAUCAUCAUGUAAGCAAACACAUUUGUUGAUUUAAUCUCAAUUUUCUCGCAUCCAUUUCACAAUAAAACGUAGAUCAACUAAUCUCACACCGUCUGAGAUACAUAAUCCGUGCAAUUUUUUAAGUGACUGAUGUGUGUGCAUUCCAGUUCAAUUGAUGCCGUUGUUAAAAUGUGCCAUUAUCAACCGACUUUUUCUUAAAUAAAAGUAUUGUCGCCAGUCAACUAUCGUCAGUGAUUCCAAAGACUUUCGGUGUUCAAGAACUGAUUCCGUUUUGUGGUGUGUUUGCAGAGGCAGUGAAGGAUUGUGCGAAGUGUUGACAUUGUAUUUUUGACGGAAAAAGGAAUCUGUAUUUUCGCCCCAAUGAAAGUAGCCGUAAUCGGAGCAGGAACGGCAGGAAUAUGUGCCGCUAAACACACACUAGCUCAAGGAUACACAGUUACAGUGUAUGACCAAGCACGGACAGUUGGUGGGACGUGGGUGUACACUGACAAUAUUGGUAGUGAUGAAUAUGGUUUAGACGUUCACUCCAGCAUGUAUAAGGGAUUACACACCAAUUUACCGAAAGAAAUCAUGGGAUAUCCCGACUUCCCGAUACCGAAGCAGGACAAGUCGUACAUAUCUGCCGAAGAGAUGUUAGCGUUUCUCGAUCUUUACGCCGAGGAGUUUCGUUUGAAAGAGCACAUAAAAUUCGAACAUUAUGUUGUAAGGGUACGACCGAUUGGCGAAACACAAUGGGAGGUAAUUGUGAAAGAUCUACCGAACGAUCGAAUCGAUACGGAAAUGUUCGAUGCAAUUUUCGUUUGUAAUGGUCACUACAACACUCCAUCGAUUCCCACUUAUCCGGAUAGAAAACUAUUCAAAGGGCAACAAAUUCACAGCCAUGAUUAUCGAUGUCCUGAACCGUUUAAAGGUGAAACGGUUCUAGUCAUUGGCGCAGGACCAUCCGGCAUGGAUUUGGCGAACGAAAUAUCAAAGGUAGCCAUCAGAGUUACACUCAGUCACCAUCACAAAACUGCACCAUUAACCAAGUUUCCAGACAAUGUAGAUCUCAAACCAGAUGUUAAAUGUCUGACUGAAACCGGUGUCCAAUUCGUCGAUGGUAGCCAUCGAAAUUAUUCUGUAAUAUUCUACUGUACCGGCUACAAGUACACGUUUCCCUUUCUGAGCGUAGACUGUGGCAUUUCCGUUGAUGAUAAUUACGUUCGGCCACUGUACAAGCAUUGCAUGAACAUCAAUCGACCCACAAUGGCUUUGAUUGGAUUACCAUACUAUGUGUGUGCAUCGCAGAUGUCCGAUUUGCAGGUGCGGUUUUGUUUGAAAUUUAUUACCGGACAGCAACAAAUGCCAACCAAAGUGGAAAUGAUUGAAGAUAUGGAAGAGGACAUGCGAUUGCGCUUAGAAAAGGGUUUCAAAAGGAGACAGGCCCAUAUGAUGGGCACUGAUCAGGAUAAAUACUACGAUGACCUGUCUCGUACGGCCCGAAUCGAUAAUUUGAAACCGGUAAUGACAAAACUGCACAAUGAAAGUAGUCAACGAUUUUUGGACGAUCUGGUGAAUUUUCGGAAGGACAUUUUCCGAAUCGUUGACGAUGAAACUUUUGUUAAAUUGAAUUGAACGGAUCAUUGCAUGAGAGUAGUGUUAUUAGUCAGAUAAGACGAGUAAAUUACAGAUCACUUUUACGAAAGCUUUUUCGUUUGACAUAAC